AUGGGUCACUUUCAGGCCGUGACCAGGAGGAACUCAGUGGAGGAGCAGGACUCGUACCGAGGGCAGCCGGGAGUCUGCGGCCUCACCAACCUGGGCAACACCUGCUUCAUGAACUCUGCUCUACAGUGUCUGAGUAACACCCCCCCUCUGACCGAGUACUUCCUGCAGAGCUCCUACCUGGAGGAGCUGAACUUCACCAACCCUCUGGGUAUGAAGGGGGAGAUCGCCGAGGCCUACGCUGACGUCAUCAAACAGAUGUGGUCCGGGAGGCAUUACUCUGUGGUGCCGCGAGUCUUCAAGACGAAGGUGGGUCACUUUGCGUCUCAGUUUCUGGGUUACCAGCAACACGACAGUCAGGAGCUUCUGUCCUUCCUGCUGGACGGACUGCACGAAGACCUGAACCGCGUCAAAAACAAAGAGUACAUCGAGCUGCGGGACGCAGACGGACGACCAGACCAGGAAGUGGCAGAGGAGGCGUGGCGUAACCACCGGCGGCGGAACGACUCUGUGAUCGUCGACACGUUUCACGGCCUCUUCAAGUCCACGCUCGUCUGUCCGGAGUGCCGGAAGAUCUCUGUGACGUUCGACCCCUUCUGCUACCUGAGCGUCCCACUUCCUGUCAGCAAGGAGCGAAUCAUGGAGGUCUUCUUCGUCUCUCUGGACCCCUACGCCAAACCCGCACAGCAUCGUGUUGUGGUUCCUAAAGCAGGAAAAGUGUCCGACCUCUGCUCUGCUCUGUCUGAGAUGACCAACGUACCUCCCUCACAGAUGGUGGUAGCUGACGUGUUCAACCAUCGUUUCUAUAAGAUCUACAACGCUGAUGAAUCUCUGAGCUGCAUCCUGGACCGAGACGACAUCUUUGUGUACGAGCUGAGCGUGCUGGAGGAGCAGCAGGAGGAGCAGGUGCUGCUGGCGCUCUACCUGAGGGAGCGCUCUCACUACAGAGAUUACGGCUCGGGCAGCAGCUCGUACGGCACGACGCUGUUCGGACACCCGCUGCUGCUCAGCGUGCCGCGCAGCAGCUGCAGCCAGGAGGCGCUCUACAACCUGUUCCUGCAGAGGCUGGCGCGCUACGUGCGACCUCCGAACUCCUCGGAGGAGCUGGAGGAAGAGGAAGAAGACGAUGACGAAGAGGAGCUGUACAAGACUCAGACCAACGGCAUCAGUGACG